AUGACAUUUCUUAACUAUGAAAUUCAAAUUCAAUUUCUAAAUUUAUAUAUAUAAAUGCCUCCAAAUAUUUAUUAAUCUAAUUACUUUAUAUUAACAGCUACUUCACAUAUGAUGUGUUUCAAAUUAAACUCAAUAACAAUUCUCAAAUCUAUACAAUAAACAUUUGUUCAAUACAAACCAUAAUAAGUAAAUCAUGAAAUCAUCACAAAUAAUCUAAAUGAAACAAAUCUACUUUUUAAUUACAAACCCCUUCAUUAUUUAUUUUAAAUAUUAUUUAUUACCUUUACCUUCUUUCAUAAACACUCAUUUAACUAUACAUUUGUAUAAUUAUUAUUUUUAUUAUCUUAUUUUCACAAUUCAUCCAAUUUUUAUAAAAUAAGUUUAACUUUCAAAUAUAUCUAUCACAAUUGUAUUCACAUUAUCAACUGUUAUUAAUCAACAUUUUUUAUAUCUAAUUUACUCAUUAAAACUUUAAAAACAAUGUUUUUUAUUUUUAACCUCUAUUCUCUAAGACUUUGAUUCUCAUCAAAAAUAUUGUAAAUCUCAUUCUAUUAUUAACAAUUUAAUCUUUUUUAUAUGGUUUCUUUAAACUAUUAGAAGUUCUCUUUAAAUUUGAGCUUAUUAAAAUUUUUUAUAUGCUUGAUUAAGCACUAAAAUUUUCUUUUUUUAAGGAACCUCCAUCUCCGUUUAUUGAAAUUUUAUAACAACCUCUUAAUGGAAUGAAAUCAAAGCCAAACUACUUUUAGAAAGAAUAUGAAAAUUCUCCUAACAAAUUCAAAAGAUUAAGAAUUUCAACUCAACAUGAAGGAGGCACUGUCAAUAAUAUUAUUAUUGAUUUAAAUAUACCUAGUCCAAACUUUAGAGUAUAACAUAAAUUAGAUUACCAUGAUAAUAAUAUUACAAUCCAUUCUCAAAUCACUAGUUAAAAAACUACACCUAAAACAUCCCGUUCAAACAGUCCGUUAAAGAAAUUAUAUUUAGGCUCUAGCCUAGUUGCAAGAAGAAAAUUAAAUGGUUAUGUAAAACACUAAAAAUCCCCUGACCCUUAUGAAAUUUGUCGAUAAAUGACAAAGAAAAUAUAAUAUAAGAAAACUGAAACUUUGACUCUUGCUACUUAAACUCUCUAUCUUUUAUCAAAAUAUGGUACUUGA